AUGCUCCUCGUUGUUAAGCCCACGCCCGGGGCCGAGUCGCUCCACGGUAUCGACAAUGCUAAGGCCAAGAUCCAGGACAAGGAGUAUAGAAGGGAGAUAACUAGUCUCCUAUGCGCCACCGCUAUACGUAUCUUCCGCAAGCCUGCGCCCGACGUCGAGUCUGCCGACGCGAUCGACUACGUCAAGGCCAAGAUCCGUGACUAG